GCAAUGUUGCAUCAUACUAAAAAUGUCUUUUAACACAAAAUGUAACAUGGGAGGUUGAGAAGCUUGGUUGAAGAUUAAUUUAUAUGACAAUUACAUAAACAAAAGUUGGCUAAAUGAAAGGACUAGCAUGCUCUGUGUGAGAAAGCAAGAGAAACAGGCAUGGGUUCAUUCGGGGGAGGGAGGCUGCAAGCGUGUGAUGCAGGCCAGCCGCAAGAAGAAGGAAUGCAUCUGCUGAAGAAUGAGAGAAAGCGAGGGAAAAGAGGGAAAGGCAGAGGAGGAGACAGGCUGGAAAGAGGGAGGGAAUAGAGAAGUGUGUGUUUGUAGAGAUGUGUAUGUGUGUGUGGCAUGGCUGUUGAAUGAGUGGGCCUUGUGUAGCAGUAUUCCGGCCGCUUCUCUGCCCUAGAGCCACAUGUGUGUGUUUGUGUGUGCAUUUGCACGUGUUUGCGAGAGACAGACCACCGGCCACCACUAACUGACGGAGAAACACCAUUGGUGUUUCUCAAACUCAGCACAAGACACCUUUGUAUGCAGUUUUCGCCUGUGCAAUGAGAGGAAUGACACUGUGGAGAGCUCACUGCUUGUGUCUGGUGGUCCUCCUGAUCCCUCUGCAGGGAAAUGCCCACCCACAGUGCCUGGACUACAAGCCUCCAUUCCAGCCUCCGGAGCCCCUGCUCUUCUGCAAGGAGUAUGCCAAAUUUGGAUGCUGUGACUUAGACAGGGAUAACCAAAUUUCACAGCGCUUCUACCAGAUCAUGGACUACUUCGAUCAUACGGGAUUCAUGGCCUGUGGGAAGUACAUCCGCAGUAUUCUUUGCCAGGAAUGCUCCCCUUAUGCCGCGCAUCUGUACGAUGCAGAAGAUGCCAACACCCCGAUGAGGGAGCUUCCCGGCCUCUGUGGAAACUACUGUGGUGAUUACUGGCUCCAUUGCCGUUACACUCUCAGCCUUCUGAUCAAUAACAAUGAAACACAUGCUAUUGAAGAAGACCAAAGCAAGUUCUGCAAAUACCUUGAGCUGAAAGAUCCCGAGUACUGUUACCCAAACGUCCUCUCUAACGACGAGCUCAACGCCAACCUGGGAGAUGUGAAGGCGGAUCCGCAAGGAUGCAUACAAUUAUGCCUUGAAGAAGUCGCAAACGGUCUUCGCAAUCCUGUCGCGAUGAUACAUGCGAAUGACGGAACUCACCGCUUCUUUGUAGCCGAGCAGUUGGGUUACGUGUGGACUUACUUGCCGAAUGGUUCUAGAAUUGAUAGGCCCUUCCUGAAUCUGACCAAAGCAGUUCUAACUUCACCUUGGGCAGGAGAUGAGCGAGGGUUCCUCUGCAUUGCCCUGCAUCCUCGUUUCACGAAGGUGAAAAAGGCCUACGUCUACUACUCUGUGUCUGUGAAGAAGCAGGAGAAGAUUCGCAUCAGUGAGUUCAUCGUGUCCGAUUCAGAUAUGAAUAUGCUGGAUCACUCCUCAGAAAGGACACUUCUAGAAGUUGAUGAGCCUGCAUCAAACCACAAUGGAGGUCAGCUGCUGUUUGGGUUGGAUGGAUAUCUGUACAUAUUCAUAGGAGAUGGAGGCAAAGCGGGAGACCCUUUCGGAAAGUUUGGGAAUUCUCAAAACAAGUCCGCUCUUCUAGGCAAAGUCCUGCGAAUAGACGUAGACAACAAUGAUUAUGGCGCCCCCUACAGUAUCCCAUCAGACAAUCCUUUUGUGGGAGAGAAGGACUCGAGGCCAGAAAUCUAUGCCUACGGCGUGAGGAACAUGUGGAGAUGUUCAAUCGACAGGGGUGAUCCAGUCAGCGGCCAGGGCCGAGGCAGAAUGUUCUGCGGGGAUGUUGGGCAGAAUAAAUACGAGGAAGUGGAUCUCAUUGAAAAAGGAGGGAACUAUGGGUGGAGGGCAAAAGAGGGCUUCUCCUGUUACGACAACAAACUAUGCUCCAACUCGUCACUCGAUGAUAUACUUCCGAUAUUUGCUUACCCACAUAAAAUCGGCAAGUCUGUAACUGGCGGCUACAUCUACAGAGGCUGCCAGAUGCCCAAUCUCAAUGGUCUGUAUAUCUUUGGGGAUUUUAUGAGUGGGCGCCUGAUGUCCCUAAAGGAAAACACUGAGACGGGAAAAUGGAACUACAAGGAGAUUUGUAUGGGCGCUGACAUAACGUGCCGUUUCCCUAAACUUAUAAACAGCUACUACAAGUAUAUCAUAUCAUUUGGCGAAGAUGAGGCAGGUGAGCUCUACUUCCUUGCGACGGGAGCGGCGAGUGCCACAGCCAGAGCAGGAGUGGUGUAUAAGAUAGUGGAUCCCUCCAGGAGGGCCCCUCCAGGCAAAUGCAGCUUUAAGCCCACUCCAGUCAACAUCAAGGGCAAACUGAUUCAUUUCAAUCCUAAAGAAGAGUUUGUGAUUAACAAAAAACCCUCAACGACUGCCAUUCCCAAACCAAAACCGACCAAACCCAGCACAACCCCACGACCGCGAGCACCGAUGACAACUCGCAGGAUGCCUUCAGUGACCACCGUCCGCCCGUCUACGCCACGACCACAAGUUCUCCAUACAACCCCACGGCCUCGACUCACAACCCCAACUCUGACCACCGCCAGGCCCUCGUACUGGACCGCGGCACCCAAAACCACCGCAAAGACCCACACAGGCAGAUCCGGUAAACGAGGUCGAGGCAAACCCAGGAGGAAAGGGGAUCGCAGGGGGCGGCCUCGCGCCGGGACACCGAGGCUGGUCAGCGCCGACGGACAGAAGGACCGCGGGCGAGUGGAGAUCUUCGUGCGUGGAGAAUGGGGCACGGUGUGCGAUGACAUGUUUAACAUUCAGGCUGCGGCCGUCGUCUGCCGACAGCUGGGAUUUCCCGUGGCAGUGCGGGUGGCGAAGAGAGCGGAGCUCGGCGCAGGGAGGCAGCGGCCUCAGGAUCCUGCUGGACGACGUGGAGUGCGAAGGGACGGAACGGACUCUAUUACACUGCAAACACGCCAAGCUUGGCAAAAAUAACUGUUCUCAUGACGAGGACGUAGGCGUAGUUUGUGGCCAUUAUGAACAUGCAGUGGAGUGAAAGACAGUGGUCAGAUGUGGGUUGUGAUGCAGACCAAAAACACAACUGUUUACAGAGAAUACUGUCAAUUGCAGUUGACAGAAAAAAUGUGUUUUCAUUUAAAAUGACCAACUAUAAUAUUUUGACAAACUGGAAAUGCCCCCAUCACAACCAGAAGAGAAUCAGUGUUUUGUUUUUGAAUGUAGACAAACAUGAAAUAUCAUACUAGACUAUAUGGAUGGUUUGAUUUAACUACUAUAAAAACAAAAAUAUGAUUAAAUGAGUAAACUGUACUCAUAAGUAAUACUCAUCAAUCAAUCAAUCAUUUUAAUCUUUUUUUUUCACACUGAAUCAUGCACUAUUUACACUGCGGUGUGAGUUGUUGAUCAUCUCGCACAACAAAGAUAAAUAUAUUAACUGUGUAUAUUAACUGAUAAAUAUAUUAACUAUUAACAUAUUUUUUUUUCCUCAUAAAAAUUGUGAAAUUAAAGGACUAGUUCACUUUCAAAUGAAAAUAACCCCAAGUUUUACUCGCCCUCAGGCCAUCCUAGGUGUAUACGC